AUGCAUUUUAAACAUCAUUUUAUCACGAUAUAUAUUAUAUCUCUCUCUCUGUCUCUCUCUCUCUCUCUCUCUCUCUCUCUCUCUCUCUCUCUCUGUCUCUCUCUCUCUCUCUCACUCUCUCUCUCACGCACGCACACGUACGCACAAAGGCACAUUCGUUCGCAAACACUAACAAGCUACGGGCGCCUGGGGUCACCUCCGUCGUUGGGAGAGAUCAUCGCGUCUCACUGGACAGCUAUCGCCCGUCUCAAGCUGGGCAGCCCCCAGCCAAUAGGGUGCUGUCCCGCCACAGCUUGCCUGCUCUACUGGGUGGGUAUGUCUCAGGGACUGAUCCUCCUGAUCAAGCAAGCUGUAAAUCCCGCACCAAGCAGAAACGAGAGAAACACAAAGACCCCAGCUCUUCGAUUUACUAGCUGGAACGUCCGGACCAUGCGCCCUGGACUCGCAGAUGACAUCCAACAGAUCGACGAUCGUCGAAAGACCGCGGUCAUAAACAGGGAACUCUCAAGACUGGGCAUUGGCACCGACUGUCUGCAAGAGACUCGUCUGGCUGACAGCGGUUCCAUCAGAGAGGCCAACUACACCUUCUUCUGGGCUUGCCUCAGGAUGACCCAAGGCAACAUGGCGUUGGCUUCGCUGAACUCCAAUACUGAAGGAUUAUACCUACUAGGAGACUUCAGUGCUAGAGUGGGAGCCGACUGUGACACUUGGUUCUCCUGCCUCGGUCGUCAGGGCAUAGGCAAGAUGAAUGAGAAUGGACAGCGGCUGCUGGAACUGUUCGGCCACCACGGACUGUGCGUGACGAACACCUUCUUCAAGUGCAAAGAACGCCACAAAGUCUCUUGGAGACACCCCCGUUCUCGACACUGGCACCAGCUCGACCUUGUCAUCACCAGGCGUGAAGACCUAAGGAGCAUUCUUCACACUCGGGACUUCCACAGCGCAAAUUGCGACACGGACCACUCCCUGCAAAGUGAGACUGACAACUAA